CCACUGUUCACCAUGGGCAAGGCUCAAGUCGGUGGUUCGAACCGCCAGGGCUGGUGUGUGGUUUUCUGCUUGUUCGUGAGCUGGUUCCUUUGGGUAGGAUUACUGAAAAGUCUCGGUGUGAUGCUGCCUACAUUGCAGGAACAGUUCACCGCCCAGACCUGGCUGAUCGGCUGGAUGAUAUCGAUCAUUAAUGGCGUUAUUAAUGUCUCAGGUCUCUUUGCUAGGCCACUGGAGGUCAUGUUUGGUUCCCGCACUGUAGUGACGGUCGCUGGUUUCUUGGUUGGGGUAUCCAUGAUCAUCGCUUCUUUUUCAACCAGUGUUGAAAUGCUGACACUGACGCUGGCACUGAUAGCAGGACCUUCUUUGAGUGUCGUCAAUAUUCUGUCAAGGAGCUUGAUGGGCCGUCAUUUUACGACACACUAUGCCACAGCAAAUGGAAUUGGAACAUCGGGGGCCUCUGUUGGCUUGAUCACCGUGGCGCCAUUUACCCAGCUUCUGCUGAAUACCUAUGGCUGGAGAGGUACUUUCCUCAUUCUGGGUGGAUUUGGCCUGCAUCUUGGGGUGUGUGGCGCCCUCUUGCAGUCACCACCGACUGAUGAAACAAAGAAGAAUGGUGAGUACCAGUCACUUGGCCCAGACAUCGAUGAAGCACCAGUGAUUAACUCACCAAGUGCCGAGGAGACUGGCAAUUCGAAGUUGUCAUCCCGACUUAUCACCUUUAAGGAAGCCAUCUGCGCUCAGAUGUCUCAUUUUGGAUUCUCAGUUUGUCUCCGGGUCCCAUUUUGGAUCACAACGGUCAUAUUCUGUUACAGCAGCUUCUGCGGUGUCCAGUGGUACAUCUACUACAUUUCCCAAGCCGAAGCCAAAGGUUUCUCACCGUACGACGCUGUGACAUUCACCACGGCUGCAGGGGUCGGAAAUUUACUUAUCAAGAUCCUGUCUGGCCCUAUCGUGGACCGAGGUCUGCUGAAAUUGCGACCAGCGAUUGUGCUGACUAUUAUGCUGAGCUCCUCGGCUCUACUGAUAACUCCCUUGGUAAAUUCCUACUGGCUGAUGAUGGCCAAUGCCUCCAUCUUUUAUGGCGCUUUUGGAGCAGUUGUCUCACUGAAUGAUCUGUACACCAGAGAGCUACUUGGUACUGAUCUUUUGGCAUGUGCUUUCGCGUGGAUGGAGCUAGUAAAAUACUUUUGA